AUGAGAACCCUCAAGGAAUCGCAAUCGACGGGGUCUCCAAGCGGGGGGGAGGAGGCCGCGAUCGCACGGGAUGGGGGUUGUGGGGAAGCCUCAACCCCCUCGCCGGCGUCGUCAUGCGAGGAUGCCCCACAAACCCCCAUUAAGCCGCCGGAACUCGCAUCGGGCGGUGUGAAAGACGAGCAUCUGACGUUUUUUACCGAAGGCGAGGCUUCCUGCGAGGCUGCGAGCGCCUCGUCAAGGACGAUUUCCUCCUCCCAUACGGUGGAUCUCCGGUCGUUGGCGGGAAACACCGCGGCGGAAUCGCCCGGGGCGGAGCGAAGUCGAACCCUCCACGAAAUCAGCCGCGCAUCGGAAGUUACCAAAAGUCGCACGGAUUGUUCGGUGGUGAUCCAUAGCCGGAAAUCAAAUCGAUCGCUUGAUCGUAGCAUCGAUGGCGAGUUCAGCGAUGCGGAAGAAAGCAAACUCAUAGCGCUCCUUCAGAAUCAGCUGAGGAAUACCGUAGAGCUGCCAUCUCGUCGCUUGUACGCGCGUUCGCCGCUCCGAUCGGACGGGUUUUCGACGGAGCACCCCAUCGCGAGGGCGUCUUUUUCCUCUCCAAUGCCUUUUGAGAAGGCGGGAGAGGAGGGGGGUGCGGCCGGAUUCCUUGGCUCUUGUGCGUCUAAACAGCCCCUUUGCAGGGAAACCCUGCGGGAUAGGCGAAGCCCCUUGAGGAAUGAAAGGCCUGGGAUUAAAGUGAAGCCGCUUGAUCCACGUAACUAUGCGGAAUGGGAUCUGAAACUUGCGGAAGGCGACGCGCCCGCAGCAAUGAGGAAUUCCCCCAAAAUGGUCUUUUCUCCCCUUUCAAUUGACAAAACUUCAUCGGACGUUAACAACCACGAUCCGGCACCAGAUUCGACCUCCUCGGCGAGCAAAAAGCCGACCACAACGCCUGAAAAUGUCAUUAACCACCGCCGCGCGCGCCGAAAAAGUGCGCUGCCUCUCUUUCCGCCUUCUCCAGGGCCAUCCAGGUCGAGAACAACGACCGAUGCGAAAAAUGAAAAAAACAACGCUGCGAUUUCCUCCCUCGACGACAAUAAUUCCUCCUGUCGGGAUUCUUAUCAAGCGGCUUCUUCGUUCGUCAGCGUCGCGGCUGGUGCCUCUGACGACCCUUACUUCUCCCACGAAAAGUCGGUUUAUGUCGAGAAAAAAGCGCCGAAUCGGUGGUCGAACGCGCCUCUGACGUCUGAGGUCGUCGCGUCUUUUGAACGAAUCCCCGCGCUGCGUUCACCUCGCCUGGCUCCCUUGAACAUUCGCGGCUUGAUGAAUUCCCACAGUUCCUUCAUGACGUCUUCGAAUAAAUCUCUCGAGGGUCGAACGACCGGCUACGAUACCGCUUCUGCACAGCUCGCUGAAACGGACGCCUCCUCGUAUAAUGAACUCGAUUUAAUGCAAGAUACGAGUACGGGAAGCGCCUGA